AUUUUAAUACUGAAAAUAGGGACAAACCCCGCUAGGUGAGGGGUCUCUGUUGGAGGUUCUUUUUUUCUUUUUUCUUUUUGGGUCACACCUGGCGAUGCUCAGGGGUUACUCCUGGCUCUGCACUCAGGAAUCACCCUUGGCAGUGCUCGGGGGACCAUAUGGGAUGCUGGGAAUUGAACCCGGGUCGGCCACAUGCAAGGCAAACACCCUCCCUGCUGUCCUAUCACUCCAGACCCCUGUUGGAGUUUCUUGAGCAGGGAGAGAUCUGUGGUGGUGUCCGUAGCAUCUGAUGUUUCCUCUCCUGUUUCCCUUGGACCCCACACCAGCUUUGGGUCAGUUUCCUCAGCUGGAGAGACCAGGAGGAAGUCAGGGCAAAUGGUGCUCUGAGCUGGGCCUUGGGCUCCUUCUGGAAAGGGGAAAGGUCGGAGCCAGUGUGAGAAACUAGUACCUAUCCUGCACUUGGUGUUAGCCGGGGGCAUUUGAAAACAUUUCUCAGAUGAAUGAAAAACGACUAGAAAAUGUUGGUGUCGUAUCAUCUUCAAUGAGGGUUGCAGAACUAGUGUGUCACUUUUGUGAUAGAGAUGCCAACACUAGUGAAGUAGACUCCAAAGAAAAGAGUUAAUUUAAGACCAACCGGCCUUUCCACAACAGGAAAUAGACAAUUAGCCGUCUGUUCUUGUUUUCUAACCUACUGCACACACUUUCCCCCACCCGUUAAAAUCAGGUCUGACUCAUUUAUUAAACAAAUACUGGGUUUCAGCUACGUGUCAGAUGUUGACUGUUGGGCCAGUGAGCCCUUGAGUAAAACCCUUCCCAGAGGCUGGAUGUGGAGGCGGGGAACUUUAGUGUUCAUGGAACAGUGACAUGUGCUGAGCAAAGUCACACAGGAGGGAGAGCGAGACAGCCACACUGGGUCAUCGCCCUGAGAUGCUCUUCUGAGUCUGUGAGUUCCUUUGGCUCCUUAUGGAAGGAGACAGUUUCCAACAGCUGCAAUCAGGAGCGCAGGGACCUCCCCCAAGGCUGACUCCCAGAAGAAUCAUCCACUUUGCUGAUGGAGACGUCCUGGAAGAAUACAGCACAGAGGAGGAAGAGGAUGAAACAGAGGAAGAGAGAAGGAAGCCAGAACUAGACCCAUCUCAGCUCCCAUGGGGUCCUUACCUCCAAUUCUGGGCAGGGCGAGUGACAAGCGCCUCCUUUUCUACAUGUGAAUUCCUUGGUGGAAGAAUCGCUGUCUUCUUGGGCCUCGAUCAACCCAAAUAUCAGUCUGUGUUGGAUGAGUACCAUAAAACCCAGGAGAAGAAAAGUGAUGAGCAAAGUGGAAGGAAUAGGUGUCAGGCCCUGCCUGCCAGAGAUGCUAACGAAGAGAGUCAUCUGGAGCUUGGAAGUCGAGAGUAUGGAACAUUACAGAGGGCAUCCACCUGUGAGAAUUCCUGUUUUGGGGGAACCCAGAGGACAGUCCAGGAGGAGGGAACAGGAAGAGGAAGAGGCAGGUGGCAGGAACAGAGGUUUGGGGCUGUAUCUGAUUGCAAGCCCUGGUCUGCUCCAUUUCGACUACUCCAGGAAGUAGUCAGGGAAGCUGAUGGCUCUGCCAGAGUGGGUGGCGAAGGCUGA